GCUACUUGCUCUUGUUGGCACCAUAUUAACAAGCUCAGCUCUGAGUUUUCUUGCUUGCUUGCUUCCGUUCAUCCAUCAAUCAAAGCUUUCUGUUGCAAUUUUUUUGAAGUCUCAAUGGGUUUUCGUCUUCCUCACAUCUUUGCUUUUCUCACUCUCACACUGGUGGCAAGCCACGCUGCUCUACCACCUCAGCUUUACUGGAACUCUGUCUUGCCAAACACUCAAAUGCCAAAAUCCAUCAGUGAACUUCUCCAGCCUGACUUUGCUGAAGAAAAGGGCACGACUGUCGGGGUUGGGAAGGGAGGGGUGAAUGUCCAAGCCGGGAAAGGGAAGCCAGGUGGCGGCACCAACGUGAAUGUCGGAGGCAAAGGCGGUGGUGUCGGGGUGACCACCGGGAAGUCUGGAGGAGGAACCAACGUUGGUGUUGGCAAAGGAGGAGUGUCUGUCAACACAGGGCGCAAGGGCAAGCCUGUGUAUGUUGGAGUGAAGCCAGGAGGAAGCCCUUUCGUGUACAAAUAUGCAGCCACUGAGACUCAGCUACAUGAAAAUCGAAACGCAGCUAUUUUCUUCUUGGAGAAGGACAUACGUCCUGGCACAAGCAUGACCUUGACGUUCUCUGGAAACUCAAACACCGCGGCUUUCGUUCCACGCGAAACAGCGGAUUCCAUCCCCUUCUCGUCCAACAAGCUGCCAGAGAUUUUCAGCCAGUUUUCGGUGAAGCCAGAGUCUGUGGAAGCUGAUAUAAUAAAAGGGACAAUUGAAGAGUGUGAGAGCUCAGGCAUCAGAGGAGAGGAGAAGUAUUGUGCUACCUCUUUGGAGUCAAUGGUUGACUUCAGCACUUCCAAGCUUGGAGGAAACAUUCAAGCAAUCUCAACAGAGGCAGAGAAAGGAGCCACAUUGCAGAAGUACACAAUUACCCCUGGAGUGAAGAAGCUGGCAGCUGAUAAAUCAGUUGUGUGCCACAAGCAGACCUAUCCUCAUGCUGUUUUCUACUGCCAUGCAACAAAAACAACAAGAGCUUAUGUGGUGCCUCUGAAGGGUGCUGAUGGGUUGGAGGCUAAAGCAGUAGCAGUUUGCCAUACAGACACAUCAGAGUGGAACCCAAAGCAUUUGGCCUUCCAAGUGCUAAAAGUUAAGCCAGGAACCGUUCCCGUCUGCCAUUUCCUUCCGAAAGAUCACAUUGUCUGGGUUCCAAAGAAAUCUACAUGAUUUUUUGAACCCAGAUAUGAUCAGUUCUACAUAUAUGAUCACCUUAGCAUAGUUUGAGUGCCAAACAGUUUGAAAUUAAACCGAUCGAAUAUAUCCGAUUACUUCUCGUCACUAUGUAUUUCAGCAACCUACAUAUAUACUCAUAAAGCAUGCUGUAGUGGACAUGUUCUACUUUCAGUUAAUAGAUAAUAUGAUUUGGCCUUCUGUUGCUA